GGCUUGUCUCAUUCAGACUAAUGGCUGUUCUCCGUGUAUACACUGGCAAGAAAUGUUGACGGACAGCAAGUAUGUGUUUUAAAUGCCAAGUUGUUAUAUCGAAACUCGUCGCUCCACUGUUUGUGGUGUAAAAUGAUGUAAAUGCUUCGUUUUAGUUUAUCUCUAAUUUACAUGAAGUGUUAAAUUUAGCCGUUAGCGCGUUAGCUGCCAGCCGAGGACCGAGCAUCGGUCACCAACACUGUGUCUGCCAAUGGGAGAUAAAUAGAAGCUAGAGCAGGAGAGAGCUGCCUUUCUGUUUCACUAGAAGUUAAUUCACCGGGUCACCCCGUGCCUAAUGCCUGAACAAGGCCCCAGGAUGAAUGGGUUUUCUCUCGGUGAACUGUGCUGGCUGUUCUGCUGUCCGCCCUGUCCUAGCCGCAUCGCGGCCAAGCUGGCCUUCCUCCCCCCGGAGCCCACCUACUCUGUCCACACUGAUGCUGACGGGCUGACCAGCUUACACCUGACCGAGCGGGCAGACUGGCAGUACUCCCAGAGAGAGCUGGACGCAGUGGAGGUGUUUAGCACCAGGAGCAGUCGGGGGAACCGGGUCGGCUGUAUGUUUGUGCGCUGCGCCCCGAACAGCCGCUACACGCUGCUUUUCUCCCACGGGAACGCAGUGGACCUCGGCCAGAUGUGCAGUUUCUAUAUCGGCCUCGGCUCCAGGAUCAACUGCAACGUGUUCUCCUACGAUUACUCCGGAUACGGGGUCAGCACCGGGAAGCCUUCUGAGAAGAACCUGUAUGCGGACAUAGAGGCGGCCUGGCAGGUCCUGAGGAACAAGUAUGGUGUAACACCAGAGAACAUCAUCCUGUACGGUCAGAGUAUUGGCACUGUGCCCACUAUCGACCUGGCUGCUCGCUACGAAUGUGCUGCUGUCAUCCUCCACUCUCCACUCAUGUCAGGGCUCCGGGUGGCUUUCCCCGAUACACGGAAGACUUACUGCUUUGAUGCCUUCCCCAGUAUUGACAAGGUGUCCAAAGUUGCGUCCCCUGUGCUGGUGAUCCACGGUACAGAAGACGAAGUGAUCGACUUCUCCCACGGUCUGGCCAUGUACGAGCGCUGCCCCCGUGCCGUCGAGCCCCUGUGGGUGGAGGGAGCUGGCCACAAUGACAUUGAACUGUACGCCCAGUACCUGGAAAGACUCAAGCAGUUCAUCUCCUUUGAGCUUCGCAACUCUUGAGGGAAGCUGGACACACCCAGGCCAGGAUUUCAUCUCAACACACUGGUUAUCAUCUCUUAGCGUAGGGGCAGGACUGGACUAAUCACAGUGUUCUCCCCUGUCCUCGGAGCCAUUUCAGGGUAGGAAUGUGUAGCGGACUGGAAGAGGAGGAGGUUUUAGAUUGUUGAGUUGCAGCCGAGAGUUCCCAGUACGGCCAGAAGUGAAGCUGGCUUAACGUGUACUGUCCCUAAAACCUGGCAGGUGCUGCUACAUGUGGACACAGUUUGCCAAUCAGCCAACGCCGAGGCUGCGUUUGCACUUGCUGCUCAAAUCUGAAUGAGUUUCUCAACUCCAGCUUUUCUUCCCUUCCUCUACUCACUCUGUCUCCUUGAUCUUUCUGAGCCAGUGUCUUUCACUGUCAGCUUCACUACGUCACAUCCUGUCUGUCCCUCUGUUUCUCCCCAAAUUCUCGCUUUUCUUUUGAUCGAGUUUUUGCAGCGUCCAAGCUUGAUUUUUGUAUUCUUUUAUACCAGAUGGAUAAGAAUCAAUUUUGCACCUUGAGAAACAAUUGAAGUUUUUUCGUUGUUGUUGAUUUUUUACUUUUCUGUAUUUUUUUAGUUACCAUUCAGGAUCUACCAAACAAUUGCACUUUUAAUGUGCAUAUAUUUUCAGCUUUUUUUCUGUGUUAAGUUAUGUCUGUGUUGAUUUUUUUGUUAACUGGGUUUUGUUUUUCUAAAUGGCAGGUUGAACUUUUUUUCGGUUGGUGUGUGUGUUUAGAAACUGUGUGCACCCCUGCAUAUCUGGCCUUUGUUGCUGUGAUCUUUGCAGUCCUAAUGCAUGCUACUCUCACAUACAGAAAGAAAAUAAUACCAAAAUUGGUUUAAAAAUCUAGCCAUUUACAAUAUGCCUUGCUAACUGGCACACGGGUACAAUUCUGGUAGAAGCCACUGGUAAAUCCAGCAACAUUUGGAAUUGGUUUCACUGAUGAUCCACCAUGAGAAGCUGUUGUGAAGAGCAGUGUGUACACAAAGUGUUUAUUGAAACUAGGGCUGCAAUUUACAAUUAUUUUAAUUAUCGAUUAAUUUGUCGAUUAUUUCAACGAUUAAUCGAUUAGUUGUUUGGGCUAUACAUGUUUAAAAAUAUCAAUGAGUGUUUCCCAAACCACAAGAUGACGUCCUCAAAUCUCUUGUUUUGUCCACAAACCAAAGAGAUAUUCAGUUUAUUGUCAUAAAGGAACAAAGAAACCAGAAAUAUUCACAUUAAAGAAGCUGAAAUCAGAGAAUUUGGACUUAUUGUCUUUAAAAACUUCUCAAACCAAUUAUUUGAUUAUCAAAAUAGUUGACGAUUAAUUUAAUUAUCUAUUAUUGUUCGAUUAAUUGUUGCAGCUCUAAUUGAAAUCCAUUGUGAUUGGUGGAUCAUCUAUGGGUAAAAUGCUGAUUUUACCUAAAUUAUUUGUAAAAUGCCUCAUUGAGCAAACUUUCUAUCAUCCUAUGUUGCAGAAAUUAAACUUGACAUCUCAGCACUGGGUGAAGCCAUUGUUGAAAGAGUAAUAUUGCGGUCUAAUCAGCGUGCACAUUUAGUGUAUGUAUCUAAUGUCUUACUUAUUGUAUCUGUAAAUCGUAUCACACCAGGUGCGUACCAUGCCACUGAGCAACACAGCAAUGAAUAUCCCAAAUGUUGGGGAAUACAGACGCUUACCUCAAGAGAGAGCAUCAGGUGUCUAGGUUCUACUAUUCUAACUCGAGACCACGUGGUAAUAACACUUGACAGCUGAUUCAAACGUAAAACAUACUUGAUUUUGUACUGUAAACUGAAGUUUGGGAGCAUGCUGCUGGGUUUACCUUCAGAUAAAAGACACUGAACUGUGAACUCAACUCUAUGUGAAGGUAUUUAAGAUGCUGUCAGUGGGUUUGGGUCAGUCAUUUCACACAGCAGAUAAAGCCUUAUGUUCUGAAACAUUUCACCCCAUCCUGUUCACUACAGCAGGGAUUUUGUGUUCUUCAGGGGGACUGAUAACUGCUGCUUUUCAUCAGAGGAAUCAAUCAGUCAGUCACUGUGAAACCCAGACUGAAUUCUGAAAUGACAGCAAGGUACUAAAACCAAAUUUAGCCUGACCAUCGUCAUCACCUGUUGCCAUGUGUUGCUGCUUGCAGUAGGAGAGGGAUUGUAGAACCUGAUAAUGUAAUAAAUUCCCGAUAAUAUAAUAACCCCGAUAAUGUAAUAAAAAUCUGCACUUGAGUCUAUUGAAAAUGUAAUAAAACCUGAUAAUGUAAUAACUUCCCGAUAAUGUAGUAAAGUGCAUUUCCCAAUAAUGUAAUACACUUUUUUUUUUUACCAAUAAUGUAAUAAAGUAUAACAUUAAUGGAAGGUUUUUGAUCAAAUCAAAGAUGGCAGAAAAUCCAAUAUGGCCGAAAAAACCCCCAUUGAUGAUGCAUUGAGCUCGGAUUGGCCCAAGUAUAACAUUAAUGGGAGGUUAUUACAUUAUCAGGUUAGCCUUCAUUUCGCAAGUCCUGAUAAUGUAAUAAUUCUCCAAUAUUGUAAUAAUUUAACAGCAGACCACCCAUUACUUGGGUUCAAGUGGUGAUACUGUGUAGGCAACUCUAGCUCAAGAGCUCUAGCGCCACCAACAGGUCAAAGUUGAAUGUUUAUUAACUUUUGACCCGUUCAUCCGUUUUUCACAAAGGAUGUAUCACUGGAACCCUUGGGCCAAUCCAAGCUCAAUGCAUCCUCAAUGGGGUUUUUCGGCCAUAUUGGAUUUUCCGCCAUCUUUGAUUUGAUCAAAAACCUCCCAUUAAUGUUGUACUUUAUUACAUUAUUGGUAAAAAGUGUAUUACAUUUUUGGGAAAUGCACUUUAUUACAUUAUCGGGAAGUUAUUACAUUAUCAGGUUUUAUUACAUUUUCAAUGGACUCAAGUGCAGAUUUUUAUUACAUUAUCGGGAUUAUUACAUUAUCGGGAAUUUAUUACAUUAUCAGGUUCUACAGGGAUGCCCUCUGUUACCAUGACAGCUGUUUGCUGAGCCCUGCGAUGGUUUUGCUUUUAUCGCAGCUCAAACUCCAAAGACAUCUGAAAGAACUGUGAUUGGAAAAUGGAAUGCUGUGGAAACAGCACAGGCAAAAAUCACCUGUGGACAUUUAAACUUCUAUUGCUGUAUUUUAGUCAUUUAUUCUCUUCCCCAUUACAAAGUGGAACACUAAAUAAUAUUUAACAAUCACAUCGGAGUGAAACCAAAAUUAAGAAAAACACUAUUGCAUUUGAUUAAAUGCUGAAAAGAUUUUCAGACUGAAGGAUAUUUGCAUAGCAAUUUGUGAUUAUCAUAUGAUUCAUCAUUGUAUUGCUGUGAAGUGGUUUGUUAGUUGAGUAUUAGUGUUUUCUGAUUAUAGCUAAUGUCGGUUCGAUGUUUUGGAUUACGGGCCCUCGAUCAUCUCUAGCAUAUUUCCUCUAGCUCCUCUUUAUAAUGGAAAUGAAGACCCUGCUUUAGUCCUGAUCAUUGUUUUGAUAAUAUUUAUAAAACGGUUUUGCAGUCUAAAUGUUAAAACAUUUGCACUGUCUGAAGCUGGUUUGUACGAUACUCUUCUAAUGGUAUACUUCAAUAUCUUCUCUAUACAUAUUAGCCCUUACACAGGGCAGUCUUGUCAUUGUUUUUAACACUGGAAUCACAUUAUGCAAAUGAAAGGCAGAUGAAGCUUGUAGAAUCACAUUUUGGUAAUGUUUAAAACAGAUGAAAUGAGCCUUAAACAUGUUGUGAAACACAUUGUCAUACAUGAGGUGGUUGCAAGAUGGCAGCACAAUGGAUGUUUUAAUGCUUAUAAUGGAAUAAAUAUUGCAUGGAA